AUCACUAGGCCACAUUGUGUCCUGUUAAGUCGUGCUAAAGAAAUCCCUCCAUCAACACAUGGCAGUCAGAAUUUAUCGAGCGGCAGCCAAUCAGAGGGCCCCUUUUAGGGCGAGCCUCCGACAAGAUCAGCCAAUCAAACCCGCUGAACGGGACCCGUGCCUCCGAGUUGUGCAGCGAUGCGGUCACGUGACGCUGGGAAAAGGAAUGCCAACAUGGACCCGUGGCAAGGACGGGAUGUGAGUGUGCUCCGACAAUAACACGACGGUGGAAAAAAGACAACACGAAGAUUUAAAACCACGUCGACGGAGCUGCGUUUGUUCACCGAGCCUUCUCACAACUACACACGAUUUUUGUGAUCCUGCUUCUGGAUAGAGUUUCCACCACAUCCUCUCCUCUGCACUGGGCCUGGAUCAAUGGUGUCUCUCAGCAGCAGAACGCUGAGCUUGGAGAAUGACCUGUUCAGGGACAGCAGCUUGUUCUCCCUUGGCCUGGGAGACAGUGCCUGCAGCGAGGGGGGAAGUUCAGCCUCCUGCGACAGCCCUGAGGCAGGGCAGCUGGGGGCUAUGCACAUCUGCAGCCCUGGAGACGAGGAGGAGGAGGAGGAGGAAGACGAGGAAGAUGAGGAAGAUGGCACACGUCUGCAUAUUUUCCUUGGAGAAGAACCUAAGAGUGAGGAGCCUAAGCUGCCAGAAUUCCCUUUCCAUCCCUCCUCUCCAUUCUCUCCGACCCUGGAGGAUAUUGAGGAGUUCUUAAGGGAAAAGAUGGAGCUGGUUAAAGAGGGGCUGCUGGCCCCAAAAGAGGAAGCCUGCCCCCUUCCAUGCAGUAACACUCCAUCCUCCACUCCACCGAUAGCUGCUUCCUCAGAGACUGGCAGUGACCCAGAGACUCAAACUUCUCAUUGCACUUCAAACUCAGACACCCCUAAAACUGAGCAAAGCAGCCCCAGCUCGGCUGAACCUUCCCCGAGUGCCCAACUUAAUCCCUCACCUUCCACCUCCAACCCGCCCGUGCUCCUGGGUGGUCCUGUGGUGCUUCAACUCCAGCCCCUUCCCCUGACCCAGCCUCAGACCUCAGCAGGCUCUCCACCCGGGGCCCAAAGUGGCAUCUGGCUCACUCACCUAGUGAUGGGGCUUCAGGGUACAACAGGACAAAAUGUCACCCUGCUGGCUCCACAGGUGCCCUCCACCCCCACUACACUGCUAGCACUAAACAGCGGAGAUGGCAAGUCAGCUGACCAGAAGUACGUGAAGAUUGCCCCACUGCCCAUCACCAUGAGGACUCUAGAGAUCACUGGUGUGACUGGGGUUGGAGGACAGAGUAGCGGCCUGUUGAAGGCCGUUGCCCCCAGGGUGAACAGAGUGCCGCCCACAGAGAGGGUCCACAAGUGCUCACAUCCAGGCUGUGGGAAGAUGUACACCAAAAGCAGCCACCUGAAAGCGCACUUCCGCCGACACACGGGAGAGAAGCCCUACACAUGUAGCUGGCCUGAUUGUGGGUGGAGGUUCUCCCGAUCAGACGAACUGUCUCGUCACCGUCGCUCUCACUCUGGCAUCAAGCCGUACGAGUGCUCUCUCUGCGAGAAAAAGUUUGCCCGUAGCGACCACUUAUCCAAACACACAAAGGUCCACCGCAGCUCCAGGCCCAGCAGGAUUAUCAGAGCCACUGUGUGACACCUACAGCUGGUCUAAACCUCGCACUGCCUGACCUGGUUCAGCUUUGACCGGGGGGCUCCCUCAGGACUUUUGGUGCUUCAUAAGCAGAACUUUCAGAAGAAUCUUGAGCUGGCUGAUUUUGUCCCCCUUAUCGUUUUCCACCCUGCUGUUUAUCUUCCACCGUUCCUUCUGAGCUGCUCAUCUGACACUGAUUGAACAGCCUCCUCAGGAAGAACUCAGCUGAAAGUGAAUUUCCUGGCCUUCAAAUACAUGUACACAGAUACAAUAAAAACACAAUGGGAGACAGUCUUACAGCGGCCCCUCUUGCGAUCACUGCUUGCCUUCUGUUCCUGUUGCCAAGCUACCAGGUGCUGCUAUAAGUAGGUUGGUAAACAGCGACAGGAGUGUUUGUAAUUUAAUCAUUUCCUUUCUUGCUUUGAGUUUCCCUUCUUUAUCAAAACCAAACUUCAGGGUCCACAAGGAUGAAGCUACCCCGUGUCUUUGUAGCUUGCUAAAAAUGAAGAUUCAUUAUUUUUGUUGUAAAAUAUAUGUUCAUAAGGCCUGUAAAGGACAAUUAAAUGAGGGGUGAAAUACCUUCGGGUGUAAUUCCCUCUGAUUUAAAGAUAUGGCUCUUGCUAUAAGUAGCAAAAGCUGAGACGUUUCUGUGGGACUUGUGGCUUUGCUCACAAUUUGGCCGAGCCAAGUGGAACUUUCUGUGUUUUAUUUGCUUCCAGAUCUGGCCUUUAUGCAUUUGUCCAAUCCUAAUUGACCCUGUUUUGACUCGUAUGCCUUCUCUCAGCCCCUGUAUGACCUAAUCUGUAUCGAUGCCUUUGUCCAAAUCACAAAACCUCUUUUGAUUCUACUGUUAUCAUAUGACUGCUCUUAUUUAACUGUGAUCCUGAAGUGGGGGUUGCCAAACCAGAAAUCCCUGUUACGGCCCUGUGAGAGCCUGAAAACGACACCCUCGGUGCGUGACAGUUUAUAAGCUCUUUGUUCUCUGAAAUUCUCUUGAAAUCUUUGUGCAGCCGACUUAUGUGGCCUGGAAAAUGUCUCAGUCUAUAUGUUAUGUGUAAGCUCAAUGGUGCAGAAUUGUUGUAAAACACUGCUUUUUUCACUUACAGUAGAAUUUACUGUAAAACAUUUUUGGUUUCCUAUAACGGCAAGAAAAGCUAAUGGGUUAAACAGCUGGCAAGGCAGCUAACAUCUACUCAAUCAUCUGUAUUAGCGUACGUAAUAUGAUGUGUAACGGACUAAAAUAACAUGUACAGCUUGUAGCCUUUAUAUAGAUUUUUUUUAAUCAAAGAGGAUCUUCAAUCAGUGCAUUAAGCUAUUCAGUCAUGUUUUCUGAAGAGGUUUUCUCGGUCUGUUAUGUGAGUUUGAUUGUAGCGUGAUCAAUCUGUGGAAUGUCAGGCUGAAUAUGGUCUGGGAUUUGGGGUCCCACUCUGUCCAUUCACAAACUAUUAAGCUGAGUCUGCUGGUUUCAAGUGCACUUGUGUUAGUGGAGAGUGACAAACAGUCAUUGUGCUCUUAUGGCAGUUCUAUAAAAUGUUAUGGAACCUUAAAAUGCCAAAAAAAUUCAGUACAUUUACUUAGGAAGGUUAAGCUGCACUGUGUAGUGCAGUCAAGCUUGAUUCCUUCUGUAAUCCCAACACUUUGGUGCUUGUAAAUCUACCAGUGCUUCACAUAAAUAGACUAUAUAAACUGACAGUAUGAUGCUUCAUAUAACUGGAUUGUCUGUUGAACCUGCAGACACUUAUUAUAAGCUACAGGUUAUUUGCAAUUUAAACUGAGCUCAGAAACAUUGGUGCUUUUUGGAUAAAGCGGAGCACUUCUGUAUGUAGCAGUGCACUCUUAUUUACACAGCAAUCACCAACAUAUCUUUGCCAAUAGCAUAAUGGACUCAAUAGAUUUCACUCCAUAAAAACAUCCAUGCUUAAUAAUGUAGAAACCCAUUCAAAGCAGACAGACGGGCAGACGUGUUUAUCCGUCUGAACUGGUGCUGUCUUUGUGUCUGAGCCUCCCCAGGCUGCUUCUACUGACCUACAUCCAGACCUGUAUUCCCUAAUCAUCAUCAACAUCCAGUUCUCUCUCUGUUCUCUCUCAGUCCUGCCUGUGUAUGUGGUUGAGCACAGGCUCAAUUUUUUUUGAAUA